CUCCUCCAUAAGUAGAGCUUCACCUUCCCCCUCCUUUUCCCUCACCCCAUCUCUCUCUCUCUCUCUCUCUCUCUCUCUCUCUCGGUGCCAUUGUUUGUUGUACAUAGAGAAAAUGGGUGGCAUUAUUGUGGGCUGCAUUGUGUCUCUUGUUUCGAUUCUGCCUCUAAUCGAAGCAAGAAUCCCAGGGGUUUACACCGGCGGACAGUGGGGAAGCGCUCACGCCACCUUUUAUGGCGGCAAUGACGCCUCUGGUACAAUGGGAGGAGCAUGUGGGUACGGCAACCUCUACAGCCAAGGCUAUGGCGUCAACACGGCGGCCCUAAGCACGGCACUCUUCAACAACGGCCUCAGCUGCGGCGCCUGCUUCGAGAUCAAGUGCGCCAACGACCCCACCUGGUGCCACUCCGGCAGCCCCUCGAUCCUGGUCACCGCCACCAACUUCUGCCCUCCGAACUACGCCCUCCCCAACGACAACGGCGGCUGGUGCAACCCUCCUCGGACCCACUUCGACCUCGCCAUGCCGAUGUUUCUUAAAAUUGCCGAGUACCGUGCCGGAAUUGUGCCCGUUGCUUACCGCCGGGUGCCAUGCCGGAAGCAAGGCGGGAUAAGGUUCACGAUCAACGGUUUCCGCUACUUCAACCUUGUCCUGGUCACCAACGUCGCAGGAGCGGGUGACAUCGUGAGGGUGAGCGUAAAAGGGUCCAGAACGGACUGGAUGAGCAUGAGCCGGAACUGGGGCCAGAACUGGCAGUCCAACGCGGUGUUGGUGGGCCAGGCCCUUUCUUUCCGGGUCACCGGAAGCGACAGACGGACCUCCACCUCGUGGAACAUGGUCCCGGCCCAUUGGCAGUUUGGUCAAACCUUCACUGGAAAGAACUUCCGAGUUUGAAAAAUAAAAGGAGGAAUAUUUCACUGGAUCUACCUUUUUAACUUUGUUCAUUAUUUUUACCCUUUCGGCGCCAUUUUUCUUUUUAACUGUUAACUACUAGUAGUUUGGCUGUUGGGUAUGUAUUAUGAGAGAAAGCCGACGCCUCCGCACAAUCUCAGCCGUCCAAAACACUUUUGGACGGUCGAGAGAUUGAGCGCCGUAAAACUUUUUCAGGGCUCCUCCGUGAGUAAGUUUUUCUCAUGUAUUAUAUAUUGGGUAUAAUUGAUAUGGGAAAGUGAAAGAGCAGCAAAAAGAUGAAAUGUAUGGAGCCGGAGUAAUGUAUGUUUGAGUGUGUACCAUGUGUAUAUAUAUCUAUGACUGUUUAAUUAUAAUAUCUACUUGUGUAUCUAUAUUUCAGAA